AUGGUGCCCCUUGCAGGGCUGGCACAGUGCCAGCGCGAGGCAGAGGAGGUGACGGAGCUGAUGAAGCAGAACUUUGCGCGGGCGCUGGAGCGGGACGGGCGCCUCAGUGACCUCGACAGCCGGGCCCAGGAGCUGCGCGCCAUGGGCGAAGUCUUCAGCCGCAGCACCCGGGUGGUGGCUCAGCAGCAGCGCAGGGGACACCGACGCUGGCGCCUGGCAGCCAUCGGCCUCGCUGCCUUCCUCCUCCUCUUCCUCAUCCUCGUCCUCAGCCUGGCCCUAUGGCUCUCACGGCCAGCCCCUGCCGUCGUCACUGUCACUGUCCCCCCCCCACCCCUUCCUGGGGGGACUAAGCCCCCCUCCGAGCCACAGCUGGGACUUUGGGAGACCCUACAAUAACGCAAGAGUGAGAACUAUUUUGGGGAGACCCAAAUAACAAACCCUCAGGAUCUGCUUUGGGGAGACCUUCCUGUAAAUAAGAACCAGGACUUGUUUGGAGGAGACCCUACAAUAACAAAAGCGCCAGCCCCCCUCCCCCCCCCGAGGAGACCCUACAAUAAUAAACCCACAGGACCCACUACGGGGAGAUCUAACAAUAAAUAAACAGCGGGAGCUGUUCUGGGGAGACCCUACAAUAACA